AUGGUGAGACACCAGCUGUCGAGCUCCGCGCAGUGUUGGGUGCCGAAGGGGAGUGCCGCGCUCCAGUGGCUUGAGCAGGGCGCGAACCAGACGGGCACCGAGGCCUUGGGUGGCCCGGCGGGCACGGUGGAGCUGCAGACCGACGCGACUGCGAGCACCCGAGGCUCCGAGGCAUGCUGCGAGUCCAACUCGGAGUCCGCGGGCCCGGAGGACACCCUGUCGAGCACGGGAGACGCCCGGGACGCGUGCCCCGCGCGACCGCGCGCUUCCACGGUGCAGCGGGCGGCCGUGGCAGAAGAGGACGGUGCCUCGGCUGGCACCGUGCUCCUCCGCAUGCUUCGCCCGCCGGGUGGGUGCGCGAGGGCCCACACGGUCCACCGCGAGCCACAGCCGCUGAGCACGGACGAGUAUGCGCUCUGGUCGAUGCAGGCGCGCGAGGACCGCGAGGCGGGUGCCGACACAGCCAACACGGACACGUUCGGGGAUGACGCGGUGCUGCGCGGCUGGAGUUUCGAAGAAAACCUGGCAGCGAACGAGCGCAUCGCGAACGAGACCGCCAUCUAUGCGCUCGAGCCCCAGGCGCAACAGCAGUCCUACGAGCGCCGGUGGCUGCCAGACCGCCAGGGCGCACCAGCGCAGCCCCUCCAAGCGGCAUUCGGGGACGUGGAGCAGCAUCUCUACAGGCUCGGGUGGUCUCCAGACUGCCAGGGCGCGCCGCCGCAGUCCCUCGAGGCGGCAAUCGGAGAGGUGGAGCGCCUCCAGGGCGCCGUGCACGAGGCUGUGGAGCUCGUGGAGAUCCAGCCCGCGUCCUUGAAGAAGGUCAUACACCUCGUGGUGUCCAGUGGCUGGAGCCACAUUACGUGGCGGCGCGACUACACCGCCCUGCACCUCGCGGCGGAGUGUGGCCGCCCGGACGUUGUCCCGCUGCUCGUCGCGAUGCGCGGGGACCUGGAGGCGAAGGACUCCAGAGGCAGGACCCCGGCGGACGUGGCCAAGUCGCGCGGCCGCGACGUCGCCGCCUUCUCGCCGUUGCAGCCCGCCUGCCUGGCGGCGAAGAAGCUGGAUGAGCUGGCCAGCGACGCUGGAGGCGGCCAGGACUGCUGGUUCACUCCGAAGGGGGCGAUCUUACAGUGGAGGUGUCUGAGCCUGGCGCUGGCGGAGGCGCUCAACCUCCUCCCCCUGGAGCCGCAGUCCUUGAGGGCGGCAGUCAUGUUCACGGCUGCUGGUGGGGCCGGGGUGCUCUCGUGGCAGACCCAGCACACCACUUGCCUGCACCUGGCCGCAGAGCUCCGCAGGGACGACCUGAUGCCCCUCCUCAUCGCGCUCCGGGCCGACCCCGACGUGCCGGACUGCGCCGGGAGGACGGCGCUGGAUGUUGCGACGGCCAGAAAGCACUGGCCCAGCGUGUGGGCCAUGCUGAAGUCCAUGCGCGACGGUGGCCCGAAGCCCGGGGGCACCAUUGCGAUGCAGACCAGCGGCGCGGGCGAGCGGGUCGGGCCGAGCCCGGCAGGCACGAAGAGCCACUGA